AUGACCAGACCGACGAUUGCAGAGGUUUUUGCCGAGCGCAAGGCCAACAACACGGCAGCCUUUAUCACGUUCGUGCCCUGCGGCUUCAAGACCAAGGACGAUACAGUGGACAUUCUGCUCGGACUGCAGCGUGGAGGUGCCAAUAUCAUCGAGGUGGGUAUCCCGUACUCGGACCCGCAAGCUGAUGGCCCGACCAUUCAGCGUGCCCACCAGGUAGGUGUGGACCAGGGCAUUACACUACACGACGUGCUUGCUACGGUGAGCGAGGCACGUGGGAAAGGCCUUACGACUCCCGUCGUGCUCAUGGGGUACUACAACAACUUCUUGCAGUACGGUGAGGACAAGAUUUGUCCUGAUGCUAAGCAAGCUGGCGUCGAUGGGUUCAUCAUUGUAGAUCUACCGCCAGAGGAGGCCAAGGCGCUCAGCGAUGCCGCAGCCACACACGGACUUGCUUACAUUCCGCUGGUGUCCCCUACGACAACGGACGAGCGGAUGAAGCUCAUUGACUCGGUGGCGCAUGGAUUUGUGUACUGCGUGAGUCUCACUGGUGUCACUGGAGCUCGCAACGAGCUGCCACCGAACCUGGCCGCGUUCAUGAGCAGAAUUCGUGCCAAUGUGAAGCACCCGUUGGCGCUGGGCUUUGGUCUUUCCACCCGCCAGCACUUUGUGCAGGUUAGUGCAUUCGCGGAUGGGGUCGUCAUCGGCUCCAAGAUCGUCAAGAUCAUCGAAGACUCGCCCGAUACUGCCAGUCGGGCUGCCAACGUCGAGGCGUUUGCCAAGAGUAUCGUCAAUCCGUAG